AUGAGACAAGUAAUCACCUCCUACAUUCUCCCUAUCCUCCUCCUCCUCGCCGUCCAAACUCACUCGCACAACGUCACGCUCCUCUUAGCAAACCACCCUUCUUUAUCCUCCUUCAACCACUUCCUAACCCAAACUCACCUCGCCGAAGAAAUCAACCAGAGAAACACCAUAACCGUCUGCGCCGUAGACAACGGCGCCAUGUACGACUUAACCUCAAAAGGCUACACAAUCUCCACUCUCAAAAACAUCCUCUCCCUCCACGUCCUCCUCGAUUACUUCGACGCCCAAAAACUCCACAAGCUCCCUGACGGCUCAGCUCUCACUACAACUCUCUUCCAAGCCACCGGUGCUGCUCCGGAAAACACCGGGUUCGUCAAGAUAACGAAUAUGAGAGGCGGCAAUGUCAGGUUUGACAGCGGAGAUAUAUCUUCCUCCUACGUCAAGUCCAUCGAAGCAGUUCCUUACGAUAUCUCCAUUAUCCAGAUAAGCAGUCUCUUACUGUUGGAUACUGCGUCGGCUCCUACUCCAGCUCCUACCGAGAAGAGUUUCACCGAAAUAAUGUCGGCUCAUGGAUGA